GCUCGCGUGCGUGCGCGUGCGUGCUAGUGCGGGCGUCGUGCGUGCGCGCGCGCGGCGGCCCAGACAGCGGCGCUGGGAGCCUGAGGCGGCCGUGGUUAGGCGGCUCCCCGGCGGCUUGUCCGCGGCGCUGAAGGCGACCGUGCUCCCCGCUUCCCGCUCCCAGCGCUUCUCCGCCCAGCUCCGCCAGCGGAGGCCGCUCCCGAGCGCCGGAAGAUGCCAGCCGUGUCCAAGGGGGACGGGAUGCGGGGCCUGGCCGUCUUCAUCUCCGAUAUCCGCAACUGCAAAAGUAAAGAAGCAGAAAUAAAAAGGAUAAACAAGGAACUGGCAAAUAUCAGAUCAAAAUUUAAAGGUGACAAGGCUCUUGAUGGCUAUAGUAAAAAGAAGUACGUCUGCAAGUUGCUCUUCAUCUUUCUCCUUGGUCAUGACAUUGACUUUGGACACAUGGAGGCUGUGAACCUGCUGAGUUCAAACAGAUACACGGAAAAGCAGAUCGGCUACCUUUUCAUCUCUGUGUUGGUGAACUCGAACAGUGAGCUGAUCCGCCUGAUCAACAACGCCAUCAAGAAUGACCUGGCCAGCCGCAACCCCACCUUCAUGGGCCUGGCCCUGCACUGCAUCGCCAGCGUGGGCAGCCGGGAGAUGGCCGAGGCCUUUGCCGGGGAGAUCCCUAAGGUCCUUGUAGCCGGAGACACCAUGGACAGCGUGAAGCAGAGCGCGGCCCUGUGCUUGCUGCGCCUAUACAGGACGUCCCCUGAUCUUGUCCCCAUGGGCGACUGGACGUCCCGAGUGGUGCACCUGCUCAAUGACCAGCACUUGGGUGUGGUAACUGCAGCCACAAGUCUGAUCACCACUUUAGCACAGAAGAACCCAGAGGAGUUUAAAACCUCCGUGUCUCUGGCUGUCUCCAGGCUAAGCAGGAUCGUGACGUCCGCAUCAACAGAUCUUCAGGAUUACACUUACUAUUUUGUCCCGGCUCCCUGGCUGUCUGUCAAACUGCUGAGGCUGCUGCAGUGCUACCCACCCCCAGAAGACCCUGCAGUGCGAGGCCGCCUGACUGAGUGCCUGGAGACCAUCCUGAACAAAGCCCAAGAACCACCCAAGUCAAAGAAAGUCCAGCACUCCAAUGCGAAGAAUGCCGUGCUCUUCGAGGCUAUCAGCUUAAUCAUUCACCAUGACAGUGAGCCGAACCUGCUCGUCCGCGCCUGCAACCAGCUGGGCCAGUUCCUGCAGCACCGCGAGACCAACCUGCGCUACCUGGCCCUGGAGAGCAUGUGCACGCUGGCCAGCUCCGAGUUCUCCCACGAGGCUGUCAAGACACACAUCGAGACUGUCAUCAACGCCCUGAAGACCGAGCGGGACGUGAGCGUGCGGCAGCGGGCCGUGGACCUCCUCUAUGCCAUGUGUGACCGCAGCAAUGCCCCACAGAUCGUGGCCGAGAUGCUGAGCUAUCUGGAGACGGCCGACUACUCCAUCCGAGAAGAGAUUGUGCUGAAGGUCGCCAUCCUGGCAGAGAAGUAUGCGGUGGACUACACCUGGUACGUGGAUACCAUCUUGAACUUGAUCCGAAUUGCUGGUGAUUACGUGAGUGAAGAGGUGUGGUACCGAGUCAUUCAGAUCGUCAUCAACCGGGACGACGUGCAGGGCUACGCAGCCAAGACUGUGUUCGAGGCUCUUCAGGCUCCCGCGUGCCACGAGAACCUGGUCAAAGUGGGCGGCUACAUCCUGGGGGAGUUUGGAAACCUGAUAGCCGGAGACCCGAGAUCCAGCCCGCUGAUCCAGUUCAACCUGCUGCACUCCAAGUUCCACCUAUGCAGCGUCCCCACCCGCGCGCUGCUCCUGUCCACCUACAUCAAGUUCGUGAACCUCUUUCCUGAGGUGAAGCCGACCAUCCAGGACGUGCUGCGCAGCGACAGCCAGCUGAGGAAUGCAGACGUGGAGCUGCAGCAACGCGCCGUGGAGUACCUGCGGCUCAGCACUGUGGCCAGCACCGACAUCCUGGCGACCGUGCUGGAGGAGAUGCCCCCGUUCCCGGAGCGGGAGUCCUCCAUCUUGGCAAAGCUCAAGAAGAAGAAGGGCCCCAGCACAGUGACAGACCUGGAGGACACCAAGCGGGAGAGGAGUGUGGAUGUGAAUGGGGGCCCCGAGCCUGCCCCGGCCAGCACCAGUGCCAUGUCUACGCCUUCUCCGUCGGCAGACCUGCUGGGUCUGGGGGCCGCCCCCCCCGCCCCUGCGGGCCCCCCACCCUCCUCCGGCGGCGGCGGGCUGCUCGUGGACGUGUUCUCAGACUCGGCCUCUGUGGUCGCGCCUCUCGCUCCUGGCUCCGAAGACAACUUUGCCAGGUUUGUUUGUAAAAACAAUGGUGUGUUGUUUGAAAAUCAGCUGCUUCAAAUUGGACUUAAGUCUGAAUUUCGGCAGAAUUUAGGUCGGAUGUUUAUCUUUUAUGGUAAUAAGACCUCCACGCAGUUCCUAAAUUUUACUCCAACACUAAUCUGUUCAGAUGACCUUCAGCCUAACCUGAACCUGCAGACCAAGCCCGUGGACCCGACUGUGGAGGGGGGUGCGCAGGUGCAGCAGGUGGUCAACAUAGAGUGCGUGUCUGACUUCACGGAGGCGCCAGUCCUCAACAUUCAGUUCAGGUAUGGGGGCACCUUCCAGAACGUGUCUGUGCAGCUGCCCAUCACUCUCAACAAAUUCUUCCAGCCGACAGAAAUGGCUUCUCAGGAUUUCUUUCAACGUUGGAAGCAGUUGAGCAAUCCACAGCAGGAGGUGCAGAACAUCUUCAAAGCAAAGCACCCAAUGGACACAGAAGUCACCAAAGCCAAGAUCAUUGGAUUUGGUUCUGCACUUCUUGAAGAAGUUGAUCCUAAUCCUGCGAAUUUCGUGGGAGCUGGAAUCAUCCACACGAAAACCACCCAGAUCGGAUGCCUGCUACGCCUGGAGCCGAACCUGCAAGCCCAGAUGUACCGGCUCACGCUGCGGACGAGUAAGGAAGCCGUUUCUCAGAGAUUAUGUGAAUUGCUGUCCGCGCAGUUUUAGUCUUGAGGAUGGAAGACCAGGCCCGUGUGUCUUGCGUUGUCUUCGUCUGUGCCGUUUGUCUUCGUGGCCGUCCUGCAGAUGAGCACCCCCGCUGCCCCAGACCUCUCCCCUUUGGGCUGGACAGGAACACACAUGUGUGGCUCAGGAAGAAAAGCUCAGCCUGGACUGCGGCAGCCACGGCAGAAGGUGGAUCUUGGGAUCAGUUUUUAUAAAAAUCAAGACAGUUCUGUGGUUAAAUCUACAAAUUAAAGGGAAAUUAGAAGUUGGCGUGAACGUGGCGUUUGUGGGAGUGUCACUGAGAUGGCCCGUGCUGCCGCCCACCCCGCCUCGGAGCCUCUGGGAGCAGCAGUGCCGCUACAUGUGCGUGGGCUGAGCCUUGGCGUGUGGCUGUUCUGGUGGCUGCACACCUGGCAUCGUCCUGGGCCCUUGGGAGGAGCACGGCCGCCCCUGGUUUUGCUGCAGUCCCAGCUGGACAGUUUUCCCAGGCAGGAUUUUAAUCUGGACUUCAGAAGCAUUUGUAUUUGUAAUGACUUCUGGCCAAACCGCGUGUCCUGGCUGGAUGUAAUUGUUUUCCCAGCUCCUGUUCGUGGAGGGUGUCUGUUUUGCUCCUGCAGUCCCCGAGGCCUUAGAUGUGCAGCCAGGGAAGGAGCGUCCUGCUGGCCCCGCGGGGCCCCCAGGACUCCGGGGUAAAGCGUGGGCUGGUGGCUCAGACUCAGGUGUGCUCGUCUCUCUCCUGUCAAGAGUGGGUGUCCCCAGGCCACGGUGCAGGCUUGAAUGCUUCCACUGGCCCCGUCCGGUCAUCCCUGGAGGGGCUGUGGAGGAGGGAAGCCUCUGUGUCAUCAGGAAGUGAAGGGGCCAUGGGCCACACACUGUGUGCCACCUGCGGCUUGUGUCUCGCCUGUCGUCUGGACUCAGCACCCAGGCUGCACGUCUGACACCUGAGAGGCGAGAGAGUGGGGCUGGCCUAGGAGCCAAGGCUGGGGCCCUGUGCUCUGUCCCCAGGACGGUGGCCUUGUUUGUCCUAAACACACCCAGCAUGGGUUCCGGCUUCCUGACAUGCUGUGGAGGCAGGGAGGGUGGGUGGCCACAUGUGCUUGAGCCUGGCCCUCAGCCACCUGCUCCACGGGUCCCUGGGGCAGCUGCACGGGCUCAUGGACCCAUCAGGUCUCCACAGCUCCCCUGCAGUGUGUGCAGCCCACGAUGUCUGUGGCUCUCCUUCCAGCGUGUCGGACUUUGAUCACAGGAUAGCCAUGUCGGUGGCGUGCGCCUCUUGCACUGGCCAUUCUGGGUCUGGCGGUGCCAGGUGUCAUGACACGCCGCGCUGGGCUUGUGCUGCAGCUGGGUGGUGUGGCCCUCAUUCUUGUGUUCCAGCUGCUGGGCAGUGCUCUGCCUGUGUGCUGCGCCUGCCGGCUGCGUGUGCUGCCGUGGAUCUCCUGCAUCCCUUGACCCCUCCUGCUAUCAGAGGAAAGGCCGCUCCCCGAGGCACCACUUCCCUGUGUGGCUGCAGAGGGGCCCUCAGUGUGGCACUCCUCGUCAAAGAAAAAUAAAGGCUAGAACAGCA